AUGCCCAAGCACUCUCGUUGUCCUUUCCCCGCAUCCCGUUCUACUUCCCUCGCAGCACCACAAUCACUCCACCAUCUCACCUCAACUAUAAUCAAUUCACUUCACCAUAUCAAUUCCAAUCCUCCACAACACAACUUCCUCAUUUCCAUCUCCUGCUGCAACCGAGAGAAAAGAAAAGAGAGAAACCGCAAGCUGCAAUAUUUUUUUUUCUUUUCUUUCUUCUGUUCUGACCGUGAGCUAAGAGGGAAGAAAGGAGAGCAGCACUGCGUGAGUUUCAAUCCUUGCUGCAACUUCAACCAGUUGCAACCAUCUCCAACUACAAACACCACAUCUGCAACCACCGGCAACCAAGACAGCAGCCAACCAUCCAGUCGCGUGCGAGCCGAGAGGGAAGAAACAUUAGCUUUCUGUCGUGAGUAUAAGCUUCGAUCUGAGGUGCUCAAGCUAGUCUUGAAGAGAAUCCCGGAGAGGACAAUUAAAGAUUUUCUCGUUCAAUUACUUUUGAAUAGGUUCUGGAAAUUGAGAGUUUUGAAAUUUACUUGUAUUUUCUUAUGGAUGUAAAUGAAUACUAUGACUUCGCUUUGCGGUUUGUAAUGUUUAAUGUUACUUAUGUCAUGUAUCGGAUUGGAGAUACGUUAAGCUAGGUGUACUUAAUGCUUUGGAUUGCCACUUGAAGUUGGAAAAGUGAAAUCCCUGAUUCAGAUAUUCGGCUUGUACGUUCGU